AUGUCGUAUCCUACACCAUAAACAUCGCAAAUCCAAGGAGCUAACUCCUCAAUGAGAAUUCACUCUGAAUACUACGAUGAUGAUUUAUCACCCACCAAGGGCUAUAGUGAUAAUAAAGCUUCUAGAGUUCAAAAUAUGACUCCGUAGCAAAUAAACUAUUCGAGUAGAUCAUCUUAGAUCAGCAAGACAGUAAAUGGACCUUAUAUGAAGUUAGAAGACAAGAUUCUGAUGAUUAGUAGAUUGGAAUCAGAUUUUUAAGUGCUUAUGAGAUAAUUACUAGACUAGGAGGAGGUCUCAAAUGAUGACUUGCUACUUAUUAGAGAGCUUUUAGCAAGUCAAAAGAAUAAAUUUGAUUUAAGGAAGUCCUAGAGUGGAAAAAAGAGUCAGAAGAAUCAACAGCAAGUUUAAAGACCGGCCUCAUCUCUGCUAUACGAAAAGCAAGCAUAGCAAAUUGGGAGGUCCUUUCAAAAUGCAAACAAGAAAGGUCAAGGGAAAUUCGCACCAGUUUUGAAUAAAGGCUCAAAUGAAAAACUAGUGAAUCAAAAAGCCAACUACACCUAGCCAAAGUCAAAUCAAAAUCCUAAAUCAGAGAUAUCUCUUUCAACUAGAACUUUUGAUGUGAGUAAAAAUGAACCACUAAGAAAUAAAGUUGUUGAAAAAGCAAAGUAAGAUUAAGAAGCUGGCACAAGAAACAUUGAAAUAGUAAAUAAGAACUAGUAGGAGAUAAGUCCAGUUAAGAAUGGCAAUGCCUAAGAACAAAUUCAAAUAAUUCAAUAGCUUCCAGAUUAAGAUAAUCUUGGGUAAGCUCAAGAAUUUUAAGUCAAGAAAAAGAUGUACGGAGUAUAAUCCAAGAACAAGAAGCUAGAUGCUAAAUAAAAUGAUGAGAAUAAGAAAUACACAAAGCAAAUAGAUUUAAUCUUCAAUAGGCCAGUGCCUCAAUCCUAAAAUGUCAACAACUGCUGUUUGUUUAUAUUUGACGUUGCUAAAUGCAUCUCUAAAAAGACUCAUAAACUUAAUAACUGGACUGAACUGCAAACAUAUCUAAAUUCUAUAGGUAAAGAAGAAGCUAUAUAAGAAAUAAAGCAAGUCUAAACAAACGGAGCCAAGCUCACAAUUGUAGACAAGGCCAGAAUCAAGAGUCUUUAUCCUUGCUUUUAAGAAGAUAACACUGACCUAAUUUACUCGAUACUUAGUGACAUUUAUGGAGAUAUAAGCUCUAAGGACGAUAAUAAUGUAAAACCAGGUUCUAUUGUGGUAAAUAAAAGGAGUCCUGGCAAACAGAUGUCUCUCCUAAAGAAAGUAGAAGUUGAGUAUGAGGAGAUAAAUGCUUAUUAAGGAUUUGAAAAGAGGAAACUAGAUAGUCUAGUUUAAAAUGAAUCAAUAAUAUGGCAAAGUGACUAGCUCAAGAUAGCACCUAUAUAUAUUAAAGCCAAAGCUGAUGAAGGGCUAACUGGAUCAAUUAUCUUGAUUGAGAAGAGGACUGAAAGAAAGGCUCAGGAAUCAGAAAGCCCCAAAAUUCAAGUUAAAGUCUAAAAUAAGAGUCAGCAACUAAAUCAAGAUAAGCAGACAGUAUUACAAUCAAGCAGAAGCUAGAAUUAACUCUACACUUAAGAAGAACCUCUAGCAGCUUAUUAUAAUCCUGUGCUAGAAAAGAAAACUCAAGAAAUAUAGAGUGAGUUUAUGGAAAUAUUGAGCGAAAUGGAGCGCAGAAGAAACAGCAGAGGGGAUCCAUAAGCUUUUUAUUAGGGAGUAUCAGAUUUUUAUAGAGAAGGUUCAGAGUCUCAUAACUCCCCCACAAGGAGAUUAAUUGAUCAUAAAAAUACUAAAGUAGAUCAUCAGUAAUCAAUAAAGGAAAGAGAUGACUUGAGAUUAUCUAAUCAAAAGCAGCAGUUUACAUACACUACAAGUCCUAAUAAGACAUAUAUAGUUGAGCCCCAUGGAGAGAGUGUGAGCUAUAGCAUGGUUAAGAAAGAUCCAACUAAAUUCUAUGAAAGGUUCUUAAACCAGGAUGUGACUUAGCAUAAAAUACAGUCAUUUAGAGAGACAAAUAAUAGGCAGUCUCUCAACUAGAGGCCUAAGUCAUCCAUAACCACGAAAAUCACCAAAAGACCUUAAAAUAAAAUUAUUGAGCACAUUAAGGAGAAGAUAGCAAACAGAAUUUUUGAGAAGAUAGGCAACUAGAUAGCUUAUGAUCAGAUCAAAAACAUCAUUAGUGAUCAGGUGUAUGAUGAUUAAAUUAACUAGCUUAUUAAGAAUGAUAAGAUCAAACUUCAAAAUAGGAAUAAAUCUCCUAACAGUAAUCUAUCCUCGAAAAAUCCAAACUCAAGACCAUAGAGCAGAACUAGCAGUAAUAUCGAUUGCAUAAAUUAAUAAAAUGGACUUUAGAAUAUGAGAAGAAGCGCAUUACCAAUAAAAAACAAGAAUAAUGAUAGUUAAACGAUUGAUGAUAUUACUAUUGAUGACUUUGAAUUGCAAAUGCUGCAAAAGAGUGUUCUAAGAUCUCAUAAAUCAACUAUCAGUAGUUCAAACAAAAAGCAUCAACUAUGA